AUGAGCUCGAAACGGCGCUCGGCGGCUGCGGCUUCCCCAGAGCUCCGCAGACAAAAGCGGCGCAAAGUUUCUGAUGACGAUUUACCGGACCAGGAAGACACUCAGCUGGCGGACGAGGCGGACGAUGUGAACUCGGACCCUGAAGAGGAGGAGGAAGAGGAAGAGGAAGAGGAAGAGGAAGAGGAAUCUGAGGCGAACUUCGAGGGCGACACUAUUCAAUCGGCACAGGAUAGGAUCAUAUCUGAACUGUCCAGAUUGAAGGAUUCGGAUGGUGAAGAAGUGGCAUACCCGUUUGUCGGAAAGCCCGACCGAAAUCUAUACCGCGACUAUUACGAGCUCAUCCAUCAUCCCGUGUCAAUACGAAGUAUUCAGCAGAAGGUGCGCGGCACUGAAAGUCGCAAAAAUCCCUCCAAGACGACCGCAUUUCCUACCUGGCAAUCAUUCGAAGAAGAGGUCAGCUAUCUUUGGCGAAAUGCGAGGGAGUAUAACGAAGACGAUAGUGACAUCGUGGUUCUUGCGGGGAUUUUGGAGGAGUAUUUCCAUCGGCGCGUGACUGAAGCAAAGAAGCUGGUGCCCGAUUCUAUGCAGGUAGAUGGUGCCCCCGAAAUGCCUCGAAUUCGAUUGAAGAUGGGUGCAAGGGAUUCCGAGCCCGCAGCGCAAAGGUUAACAUUGAAGAUGUCUGGACAGACCUCCGAGACACCUAAGGAUGUACCGUCAUCUGGCGUUGCUGUUGAUAACGACGCUCUAAAACGACAACAAGAGCUUGUGAGAACCGGAUCAGCCAGUCAAAGUCAAGAUGCCGAUGCACCACGUUCUCCUCGAACAAGAUCUCUUCGACGACAGAUCGGCAGUCCCCGAUCUAGUAUCGCCACCACUCCUUCUGCUUCUGAGCAGCCGCACGGGGUGCCUGUGAAUGUGCGAGAUGCUACACAUGUCAAAGAUGAGACGCCCAUGGCAUCAUCUCAGCAUCCCGAGAGACGCUCUUCUCAUGUUCUCCAGGGCGUCCCCCUCGAGUCUACUGGUGGAGUCGCUCCGUAUGAUGGUGUGGCGCUAUCCCUCGAUCCUGCCCAUAUGCUCUUGAUUGCGCUGACUUUGAUGUAUUUAGUCCCAGCUCCUCCCCACCCACCCCCUGAAUCAUUGUCACCUCUCGACUCAAUAUGGAGGCGCCCAGGUCAAGAUGCAAGCUCUGCUCUGAUUCAGAAUGUGCAAAUUUCGACCCACCCAUCACUUGCUCUACAACAAGAUUUAUGCCUGGACAUCCCUCCAUCGUCAACUCUCCGCCAACAGGCAAUCACAAUCAGCCUUCCGCCGUCGCAUCGCAUCCUGACGGUCAGGCCUACAUUGGCAGCUAGUACGGCAGAGAAACAGACCAAAUUGGUCGCUGUUAUGGGCACACAUCGACUUCACCCGUCUGGGGAGACAACUACGCUGGCGUACGACAUCCAACUCCACCCGGGUACUACAAAGGUUGAUUUGGAGGCGAUUGCCGGGCCGCCAAGAGGGGCACCGAAAUCCGGCCCCCCGGGCUCAGAAGUGGACUAUGAGCGGGUCACUAUUUUUUUCAAUUUGUUGCGAUGA